CAAUUACUCCAAAAAUACUUUUUUUUCUCAAAAUUUAUAUAAAUAAUUUUUAUAAAAAUAAAGGAUAUAUUUGUUAAGCUCAUAAACCUUAUAAAAUUACCAAAUAUAUAAUUGUUUUUGGCAAGAUUUAAGAAUAAAAAUUUUAAACUUAAAUUAAUUGACGUAAAGUUUGUUGUGUUUACUGUCAUUAUGUUGAUUUGUUUACUUAUUUGACAGAACGACGCUCAUCAAAGUCAAACCACAUAAUUUAAUUACAUAAUAACUAUUUCAUCAAUUUAGAAUUUUAUGGUUAAUUGGAUUUUUUACACUUAAAUAAUACCAAUAAAGAAAACUUGGAGCCAACAACCACAACAAGCUACAAGAAUUUCCGAAUUUUGGCAAUUGAGAAACGAUUCAAGUGGCGUUGGUGGUGCUUUGUGUGAGGAUUAUUAUUCCCGAAAUUCUCCUUGUGUUUCAUCCUCUCUACCAAAUAUGACAAUGCAAAGAAGACUUUUACUGUCAUCUAAAAAAAGAGAGGAGGUACAAUUUCGUAAAUCAGUUACCGAAUGUUACUGUAAUCGUCAAACUCGUAAAAUGCAAUUAAGAUCGAAUAGAACCAAAAUUAAGCCAACAACAUGUAAGCACUGCAAAAGUCUUAUUGAUUUAAGACCAAUGGCAUGGGUUGAAAGUAACGAUAUUCAACCAACAGAACUAUCAACUCCCAUUAGUUGCGAGACAGUACGUAGAGUUUCUAAAAUAAACUACUCUCCGCAAUCUGAAUUUCUUCAAAAAAAAAUUUCAUCCACACAAAAUUUUUUUGAUAAAAAAUUACAACCAUCUUCAAAAUAUGAUUCUCAUCUAUUGUCAGCAGCUGGUGACACAGCUCAAAAUUGUCCAAAGACAAUUCACUCGAUAUGUAGAAAUAUUCAACCAGAAAUUAUAAAUGAAAUAAAUAACGAAUCCAAUUUUCACGAUUCAAUAGAAAUUUGUAAAAAAUCAACUUGUCCAAAACAAAGUUGUUCAUAUACAAGUAAAGAAUUUCAAAUUAAUUCUAAGAAACCAUUAAGAGAAAAACUAGCGAAAAGAACAAUAUCAUCAAAAAAAACUUUAUCCACUUCAGAAAGUGUGCAAUCGCAAAAAACAAAAAAUAGUAAUAUCACUUCUAAAGGUCGUGCUCGAUCCUCUCAAUCAAGUAAUAAGAGUCAGUAUCAUGAAAAAUGUUACAAUGACGCCAACUUUAGAGAAUGUAAUGUAAUUCCUAAAUAUUCAAAACAUACAAAGGAUUUUCUAGGUAAAACUAAUCAAGAUAAAAUAAUAGAUGAUCCAAUGGAAAAUCCAUUAACAAAUUUAUAUAAAUUUCGCGAACAAAAUUAUUUUGAUACUCAUGGUUCAACGCAUACACUUUUAUCAUCAGGAUCAUCGGGUUCCUUAGAAAAAUAUAUAUUGAAUGAAAGAUUAUUUCCACAACCGGUUGGUAAAGUUCAUCGAGGGGAUCUUGUAGUCACUAUGCCAUCGUGCAUAACAAAUGAAAAUAAAAUGAUACACUAUUUUCCUCGUUAUAUUGUCAGACAAGAAAAAAACCAGGCAACUAAGACCAAAAAGAAGCACACUUGUCCUUUAACUGGUCAUCUUAUUGAUGUGAAAAAUUUAAAAGUUCAAAAUCCCUCAAAUAGUUUGGCAUUAAGAUUCCAAAAAGGAGUAUCUUGAAUGAAUUUAUUCAUCUUUGUGUACUAUCCAUUAAAGUAAAUUGUUAUCUAACAGUAGUAAAUGAAAGUAAUUUACAUAAUUUUCUGGCAAUUUGAAGAAAUAUAUAUAUACAUAUAAUGAAUAUGUAGUAGUUGUAAAUGUAUAGUUAUGUAUGAUAAAUAAUUUUUUAAUUUUAUUUAAUUUUUAUAAAUGACCUUAGCAAAAGAAAAAAUUUCACAAAAUUAGAUAAAUAGAAUAGGAUAAGAGAGGCUCCUUUUAAAAGAUUUUAAAAUUGUUAAAAAAUAGUUCAAUAUUCCUUCUAAUAAAGAAUUCUAGUCAAAUAAUAAAUUAUUAAAGGGCAAAUUCAUCGUAAUUCAUAAAAAGUCCUUAUCGACUAAUUUUUAAAAAUUUUACAGGAACGAUUUUAUAUAUAUUUUCAGGAUGCAAAAUUAAAAUAAUUUUAUUUAAAUUUUUAUUAAUUCUUGUAAAAUAUGAAAUUAGUAGAGAAGAUCCAAAAAUUUACGUUUUCUUUAGUAAAUAGAAAAUAUAAAAAAAAACUAAAUUGAAUUAGCUGUAAAAGUAUAAAUAAAAUUAUUGGUAUUUGUUCAUAAUGAAUAAAUUUAUUAUGAAUAAAUAUUUCAAGAAUUCAAAAAUGUAAAGUAAUAGAUAAAAUAUUUCGCUAUCAAUUAAAAAAAAGUUAUAUUUUUAAAUGAAUUAUUAAAAAACCACAAUAUAUGAACCUUGAAAACAUUUUGUCUAUUACAUAUUUCACAUUUUUAAAUUCUUGAAUAAUUUAAAAAUAAUAAUUUUUGUCAUUUUUUGAGAAAAACAAAAUUUUUUUUCUAAUUUAAAAGCUUAUUUUGUAAAAUUUUAUAUACGCAAUUAUACA